AGGGUUGUUGUUUUUUUUGUAUGGAGCGGCCGCGGCUCCUUUAAGAAAGAAAAAAAAACCCCGAGCAUCGAGUUCGUUCUUCCGCCUGCGAAGGCGGCUGCGCCAACCUGAGUAGCCAAUCGGGAGGGCCAGAGGAGGAGUCCAGCUAUCGAGCAGGGAGGGGCGGCGCUCAGCCAAUGAGGAGCGCGCCAGGCUUCCUCCCCCCAAGCCAAUGGGAAAGCAGAGCGCGAAAGGCGCCAGCAGUUGGAUGGAUCGGGGCGACUCCGGGCGUAAUGGCGGCCGUUGGAGGGUCUCCCUCGGAGUAGGGGGCUGCUUCUCUUCGCUGGGAGCGCUGCCCGAGGAGGAUUAGCGGGCCGGAGAGCCCCCGGGGGCCAGGAAUCCACCUCAGUUCGUGUGGAUGCCCUCACCUCGCGUUUGUGAGUCUCCAGGAUCCCAGCGGCUGAAGCAUCACCAUGACCUGCUCCCACAAUGUGGUCUUCCUCUUGGAUACUGCAGAUUCCACAGAGAAGGCUCACCUUCACUUGGGCACCUUGAGGAUCUUGAACUUCUUGGCUUGCAAGUUUGGUCUCGCUAAGGUCCGAUGGGAUUUCAAAUUCUUUGACUCCAUGGGAAUCCGUGGCCGGGCUUCGCGUGUAGGCAGCUUCCGGGAGCUUGGGUCCCGAAGCUGGGAAGACUUUGAAGAGGAGCUGGAGGCCAGAUUUGGGAAGCAGCUCUGCACUCCCUGCUCACCGGGCCCAACACCACGAUCCACCGUCACUCGGAACAUUCUGAAAGAAACGUUGCUUGACUAUCAGUGGGAUCGCCCUGAAAUAGUCUCUCCUGCCAAACCGGUGCUGAGAAGUCAGAAAAACAAAUUAACUGUGACUGCGGAUAACCCUCCAGUGCAGUCCACUCAUGCGGGCUUUGCUAAUGCCAUUUUCAUCUUAUCUCCCUGCCCUCAUUCCCGGAGGGAACUCUGGCAGUUUAUUUCUGGAAACUAUGCUCCUUUCCUGGAAGAACUGCCUCCUUUGCAUGACCUGGCAGAACAAUUCCUCCCUAAGGGAAUCCAGGACAUGAUAGCCCAUCAUAAGGUCACUCUGUAUUGGAUGGACACCGCUGAAUGGUCCAAGCUUGAACCCCCUGAUCACACUGGCUACCUUAUGUUGCUUGAAGUCAUGUGCAUCCUGGGAGGCACCGUUUUGCCAUCUGAGGUCUUCACUCGGCAUUUAGAUCAUCAGAAGAAAAGGACCCUCCCAGCAUCCCCCAUGGAGCCUUCAUCUCCUGAACCAUCGUUCACGCCAUGGACUAAAAUGCUGCCUUUGGAUUCAUCUUUAUCCUGCUUAUUUUCCUCGCGUUCUUCUUUACAAACAUCCUUCCCAACUCUGGACGGAGUCCUGCUCCUCAAGGCCGACGGAAUAGAAGAAGCCUGGAGUUGCCCCGUGGUGCUGGAGCCUCUAACUCUGAACCAGAAGCACUUUGAAGGAACAGUCAUCAUACAACUUAAAUGCACUAUGGCAGACUGGAAGCCAGUGUACAUUAAACAUCUUCACACAGAGAGCUGGACACUCCAGAGUAAGCUGUCGGGACCUUCGGCUCAAGAGAUUUCUUUGUUCCAGCAGUUUGUAAAAUAUAUUCUCUCUCAAGGACUUCAUAUGGUAGCUGAAGUGACGCUUUCAUCGGGAGCUCAUUCUCCUUGUACCGGCGUUCUCUCCCCCAUCUCUGGCACCACCGCACUUCUUUCUCUCCUCUCUGCUGAGCAAGUUGCAGAAGCCGAGAGGUGCCUCCUUCAAGUCCCUGUGGCAGAGAACAUUUCCAAGGAGCUGGAGUUUUGUCUGCCAGAAGUUGUGAGCAGCGUGCUAAGUCAGGUCAUGGAGGACUCCGAUGAAGACCACCACCAAGCAGGUCCCGAGAGUUUGUGUCCAGGAUGGGCCCAGCAAGAGCUCUCAGGUGCUCAAAGCUGGAAUCCUGAUGUGCUUGAAGAUUGGUACAGUGUGUCAAACCUUUGUGGUGCAAGCUCAUACUUGAUGGAACCAUUCAGGAUGCUGCAAGCAAGUUGUCCUAAAAAUGAAGAGGACACCCCAAAAUCAGAAGUGGAGCUGAGACAGUCCCUAGCGGAAUUUUACCAGAAAAAAAAAUCUGAUCGUACAGUUUCAUCUCACCCCCGAGAUCAGAAAAAGAGAUGUGGGGUUCCCCGGACACCCAUUAGGCAGAAGAUGAAAACCAUGCCCCGUUCUCUUCAGAUGCUGAAUGUUGCCAUGCUCAACGUGAAAGCUCAAAAGCACCAGCCGGAGGGAGACCUGCCAGCGAAUAAAAAGCCACGCCAAAGGCCGCUGUCCAGAAGAUUGAAUGGGAAAGGGGAGGAAAACGGAAGGAAACGGAAAAGCAAGAUGGACUUCAGUACUGAAGGCGAAAUGCUUUCUUACCUCAGUGCAAACUACCAGAACGCUAUGAGGGAUGGAGGAAAUUUGUUUGCACGUUCUCAAGAUAUGGUGACGGCGGUUAAUACAUUUCAGAAAUCCAGUGAGGCAGCUUGUCUAGAUACGAUCCAAACAAGUCUCCUGAAGACCACCAACGCGCUUCGUCAACAACUUGCUUCUGAUCCUGAUAAAGAAACCAAAAUCAAAGAGUGCCAACUUCAAGUGUAUUUGCGCCUGGAGAUGUGCCUGCAACGUCCUUCUUUGCAAAAUAACACAGACAGAAUGGAGCAGCUUGUGCAAGAGAUGACAGAGUUACUUAGGAUGUUGUGCUUGACUAAAGAUCCAGGAUACCUCAGCAGUUUUUUGGAAGAAGUUCUAGAUAUAUAUAUGGAAUCUAUGCCAAAGACGCUUGGUGAUUUGUACUACAGUCUGGGGACGGAGAUUCCCUCUAAGUUAGCUUCCGUCCUUCCAGCGGAUUUCUUUAGCGAUGAUUCCAUUACCCAGGAGACAGAGAGCUCACCCCUUCCUGCUUCGGCUGCCUCUUUUCCACUCUCUAAGGCAGGUUCCUUAAGCACUGAAGCCGAUGAGCUAGAAGAACUUCGCAGCCGAUCUGCUAAGAAACGAAAACAUCCGCUAGCCAGACAUAGGAGUAUCGCAGAAAUGUCACAGAAUUUACGCCAAAUAGAAAUUCCUCAAGCAUCCUGGAACCACAAGAGAAAGGAUGGCUCUCAUGUGCCCCUUAAUGUCAAACUGGCACCAAUUUCCAGGAAAACGGGAGUACAAGAAGUGAUAAAGGUGAGAAGAAAUCUUUUCAAUAAAGAAACUCUACCUCUGGGCAAAGGUUCCUUACCAAAGAUGGCUCGGAGCCAGUCCGUUUCCAUUUUAGAAGAUCUAAAACACAAACGCAGCGGAUCUAAGGAAGAUAUUAAAGCUCAUCACAAGCUCUUGACCAAAAGGGUAGCAGAAACCCCCUUGCACAAGCAGAUGUCCAGGCGCCUUCUGCAGAGGCAGAUUACAGGCCGGUCUUCGGAUCCUGGGUCUGAUGUUGGCAUUGUGGAAGAAUCUCCUGAAAAGACCAUGACCUAUGGUUUAAGAAGAAGUCCGCGGAUCAAGCAAUUGAUGCAGGAUAAAUUUCUCUCCAGCUCCAUCCGCUCCCUAGAGCCAAAUAAGAGGAACACACCACAAGUGCAUUCUGCACAUCUAGAAGAACCAGGUCUGGCUUCACUUCCUAUAAAAGCCCCCCAAUCUCCUAAGAGUAUUCUCUUUGGAGAAGUUUUGGAUGGAUUUAGCUUGGGGAGAAUGGACUUUCCCCAGACGAGAAGAAAACAACUGACCUUUGAUGAGCCUGUCCCUCAGGCACCAGGGAAGAAUUAUUUUCAAUUUUCCCAGGAGCUCUUAAACCCCAAGGGCUGCACGCUGAGAAGAUCUCCUCGGAUUCAAGAAAAGGCACAGCAGGCUCCCCAGAAAACGCCAGCCCUUAAAAACUCGGUGGCCAAAUGUUUGGGAAAUCUUUUCUCCCCCCCAAGACAGAAAGCCGAAUCCUCACCUGCUUCCAUUGAAAAUCAGGAAUCCCGUCCGGCCUGGAUUCCAGAGGAGAAAGACGGACGUCCUUCCUCACCUAAAGCAGCAGAUCCUCAAAAUCCAGAGAAGCCACCACUGUCUGACCUGCUGGAUGAUGUGUUCGCUUUGCCUGCAGAUGGUCCCGAUUCACCCAUCGUUCUGUCGUCCCCUUCAUCCCCAUUCACUCUUUGGGCGGAGCCGUGCUCAGAACUGCAAUCCCCAAGGCCUCCCUCGAGAAUUGGCCCCCAAAUAACGCCUAAUAACGCUUUGGCCGAGAACCGGGAUUUUGAGAGAAGAAGGCAUACGUGUCCUGAGCCGAUCUCAUCUGUGGACUUUCCCUCUCUGUUGCCAGAAGCGUCAUCCGCCACCUUCAAGGAGACGCUUCCAGAACUGGGCUUGUCGCCAAAUAUUAGGAUUCCUUCUGAGGUCCGUCCUGCUUUCCAAUCUGAUGGCCUCUCUCCACCCCUUAACGGGUCUGCAAAAGCGAUGAGCCCUUGCACGCUCUCUCCAACUAGGGAAAAGCAGGGAAGGAAAUCUUGCAGUCCCCAAGAAACUCAGGGUGUCCGAGAGAGCUCCCCAAUAAAAGCCCCCAGCUCCCCUCCUUCCUUGCCCGGAGAGGAACAUCCCUCUACGGACAGCAAAAGUCUUGUUGCUGAAACCAGCCCAUUUAGUAAACCUGGGAACACAGAGGACACCUCUUUGGAUCAGAGACCUGAACCAAUAACUAAAAUGAUAAGCCCAAGUCGUAAGAGGAAGGAUUUAGAGAGAUGCCCAUCGCCUGCCUUCUCUUCCAAUAAUCCCCUAUGCUUCUCACACGCUGUAGUUCUGUGCCAAAAACUGGCUGUCUCCCCCCUUCUCCACAAGCCUCUUUCAGACAGCUCUCCCGUAGACCAAGGCCCCAAGAGGCCCCCAAGUGGCAUUGCUUCAGCAGAGGAAGCUGCAGAUCCACAGCCUGCGCUCCUCUCAAGCCCCACCAGGCACGAUCGGGCCUCCUCCCCGCUUGCAAUCUCAAAGUCAGGCUCUUGCGCUUAUGCGUUGCGUUGCACCGCCGACAGGCGGCAGCGGAAAGCUGCAGCCCGGCUUGAGAAGGAGGAAAAGAUGGCUACGUCCCAAACUCCCGGGGCAACGGCUGCUCCACUGACCUAUGAGGUGGAGCUUGAAAUGCAAGCUUCCGGUCUGCCCAAGCUCCGCAUCAGAAAGGUGGCAUCCGAGGCUGUGCAGCUGCAGCUGCCUCCUGUUUCGUGUGACACACUCAAGGGAGAGGAAAACGAUCACGCGGCGGGGGAUGUUUCGGUGGCCUGGUGUAGCAGGCACCCAGAGAAAUUGGAACCGCUGUCCAUCUCGCCGUCCUGUGUCCGCUCUGCCCACAAUACCCCUGGGAAGUUUGGGAUUGCUGGGCAGACUUACAUAUGCCACUCCUAUUCACCCACGCUCUGCACCUCGUCUACGGCUUCCCCGUCCCAGGGCAGCACCGGUGUCGCUUGGACCCCGUCUCCAAAACGUAACGGGAAGGUGACCCCCGAGGCCAUCAAAGACUGGCCACGGAGGAAAAGGGCCGCGGUCAGCUGCAACCGAAGCGAAAGGCCAGCAGAAGCGGUUGGAGAAGAGCCAGCCCCACAUCCUGGGGGCAAGGAAGCAUUAGAACUCUGCAGUCACAGGAAGGCUCAGCCCUUGGGAGACCCGGAACUUGAAGGAAUAGAUAAGUUUCUAGAUCAGUCACUUGGCAGCGAUACAGAAGGCAACAAGGAGGAGAACCUCUUCAGAAACGCUCUGGGGCUAGAGUCUAGGAAAAGGGCUCUGGAGCCAAGAUCACUGGGUGAGGAGGCUAGUCAGGAAAUGAAAAGGCCGUGCCUAAUAAAAGAGAACCCCAGAGUCGCCGUCUGCUCAACUGAACCGCUGAGCAUGGGAGAACAGACAGUCUCCUCAAAGUCAACAAUCCUGGAGGACAUCUUCAGCUUCUCAGAUACGACUCCACCUAAAUCUUCAGGAAAAGGUGUCAUCUCUGCAAGUGGCCUUUGGGCACUGGAACAGUCCCCACUUCUCUAUAAAGGCCCUCCUACAUCCCAGAGGAAGCGCCCAGACGCAGAAGACUCGGAGACGUUUGCAGCUGCCUACGAGGAUGUCUCUCUUUUCCGCACCAGGCCAGGCAGAAAGAGAUCCAUUACCAGGACCUACUCACGGAAAAGGCCGCUCUGCUGAAUCGGGAUGGCCGGUGGGAAUAUGCUGGAGCCAGACAUUCAACCUCUCUGAGACAGCUUUGCAAUCCAAAACCAGGAUUCAGCCACCAAAAGGCAUUGCUGGGUGUGGCUGACAGUUCCAAGAACAUCAGAAAGGGACUCUGUGUUUCUUGGCACUUCUGCUGAAUUCCAAAAACUGGGUUGGACUUUAACUCCCAUAAUCCCCCCAGCCAGCAUGACUGGCUGGGGAAUUCUGGGAGCUGGAAGUCCACACGUUUUAAAAUGGCCGAAGUUGGUGACCCCUGCUGGUACUGUAUAUAGGUUUUUAAAGUAAGGGCUGUGCCACCGUAUGGCCUUUCCAAGGUUUUCAGCGGAAAUAUCCAGAAUGGAGAACAGUGAAAGCAACCACUUUUAAAUUGUUCGUUUGUAAAAUAAAUUAAUUUUUUUUUUGACUGAUUUUUCAAA